GAGCGACUGCGCCGAACCUGUGCGUGCGGAGGUUUGGGUUUCUGGUUUUUUAGGCCAAAAAGUCGGUUCAGGUAAAAUAUUUCUCUCCAGCUUCAGCUACAGUGAUAGCUAAGUUUGGAGAACUUUGGAAGUUACGCAUUUUCAGUGCGCCGGUGCAGUGUCCUAAUAGAAAAUCUGAUUUACCAAUGGAUAACGCCGCAUCAAAGAAACGCUGUGACUCCUUCCGCGACUUCUUUACAUCAGCAACGUUUCUGAUUUACCUCGGUCAUGCCCUCUCAACGUGGGGAGACCGCAUGUGGAAUUUUGCGGUGGCCGUGUUCCUGGUGGAACUGUACGGUAACAGCCUGCUGCUGACGGCCGUGUACGGGCUGGUGGUGGCAGGGUCCGUGCUGCUGCUCGGAGCCAUUAUCGGGGACUGGGUGGACAAAAACUCCAGGCUGAAAGUUGCUCAGACUUCCUUAACUGUCCAGAACUGUGCUGUCAUUCUCUGUGGCAUUCUCCUGAUGGUGGUUUUCCAGUUUAAGGACCAUCUGGAAGAACACAUGAACGGCUGGUUGCUUACAGCCUGCUACAUCAUGGUAAUCACCAUUGCCAACAUUGCAAACCUGGCCAGCACUGCUACUUCCAUCACCAUUCAGAGAGACUGGAUUGUGGUGGUGGCUGGAGAGGACAGGAGUAAGCUGGCAGACAUGAAUGCCACGGUGAGAAUAAUUGACCAGCUGACCAACAUCUUGGCCCCCAUGCUGGUGGGGCAGAUCAUGGCCUUUGGCUCCCACUUUAUUGGAUGUGGGUUCAUUUCCGGCUGGAACCUCUGCUCCAUGUGUCUGGAGUACUGCCUCCUCUGGAAGGUGUAUCAGAAGACCCCCGCCCUGGCCAUCAAAGCAGGGCAGAGGGGGGUGGACCAGGAGCUGAUGCAGCUUAAUUCCCAGAGAGAGCCUGAAACUCACCCCCAGCCAGCAGAGGGCGCCCAGCUGAUGAGUGAGGCAGUGCUUGAGAAGAGGGACAGACAGAGCAAAGCAGGAUGCUGUUACCAGAUGUCAGAGCCCUUCCGCACCUUCAGGGAUGGCUGGGUGGCCUAUUACAACCAGUCGAUCUUCCUGCCGGGCCUGUCUCUGGCCUUCCUGUACAUGACCGUGCUGGGCUUUGACUGCAUCACCACGGGGUACGCCUACACGCAGGGCCUGAACGGCUCCGUGCUCAGCCUGCUCAUGGGUGCGUCCGCCAUCUCCGGCAUCUUCGGCACGGUGGCCUUCACCUGCGUGCGCAGGAGGUGCGGUCUGAUCCGGACUGGCUUCGUCUCGGGCGUGGCCCAGGUCUCCUGCCUGCUGCUGUGUGUGGUGUCCGUCUUCGUACCGGGCAGCCCCUUCGACCUGUCUGUCUCCCCCUUCCAGGAGGCUGUGGCCCACCUGAUGGGAGACAGCAGCUCCCUGUCCGAGCUGCAGGCGUCUGCAGAGAGCGUGCCGCCCGCUGACCUGCGGAGCUUUGCCAACGCUUCCGCCUCAGUGUAUGAGACAGAGGUGCCAACGCUGGAGUCCUACCUGUCCGUCAGCCUCCUCUUCGCCGGAGUUAUCGCUGCUCGAGUUGGUCUGUGGUCCUUUGAUCUGAGCGUGACCCAGCUAAUCCAAGAAAACGUGAUUGAGUCGGAGAGAGGAGUCAUAAAUGGUGUUCAGAACUCUAUGAAUUACCUCCUCGACUUGUUGCACUUUAUCAUGGUCAUUCUGGCCCCCAACCCCGAGGCUUUCGGCCUGCUGGUCCUCAUCUCUGUUUCCUUUGUUACCACGGGGCAUGCGAUGUACUUCAGGUUUGCCUACAAGAGCUUGAGAAGCCAGCUCUUCCUGUGUUUCUCACCUGAGCACAAAACUGAGACUGAAGGUCCUUCUCUUCCUGCAGCUGUGUAACCAGUUAUAGGGGCGAUGUCCCUGACAGAGGUUCAGUCACGAGUGCUUAUAAGGGUUAUGACCACCUUACACUCUACAAAUAAGCGGGUUUAUUGAUACAUACACCUUUUGUUAAGUUAUAUUUAAGUUUAUUUCUGCCAAAUUGUUGAUUUUAUAAAUCAACCAAAAAUUGCAUUCACUGGCACAAUGGUUGAAAUACUCAUAAAGCUGGGUUUUAAAUGGAAUGUAAGGAUGUACGGGAACAGGACUUUUCUGCCAGUCUGAUUCCCAUAUGCUCCUGCUGUCAGGUUGCAACACAUUAAUGUCCGGUAUUACACUGCAGUAUUGUACGCUAUGUAAGCAUGUGGACACUGGCAGAUGGACACCCCUGAGGUGACCAUACUACAGACUUUUAGCAAAGGAACAAGAGUCCCUUGAUCUUUCCCUGAGUUUUAAGUAGUAAAUUUGUAAUGAUUGUUACACAGGCACUUUAGUAAUACCGCCAUAACUAUGGGCAAAUUCAGCUCUGUCACGUCUCAUGCUUUUUACAAAGCUGAGAUGCUGUCUCCCUCCCUCCCUCCCUGCCCAAACCUCGUGUGUAACAGAGGCCCUGUCACAUUGUUUGCUUGCUUCGGUUCAGUGCACCUCUGCUACAGAGGCAUGGCGACGCUGGCUCAGUGUUUACCUUAAAUAUUCCACCUGGGCAUCCAGUCAACACCUGAUCCAGUUUAGUCACAGUGGAAACUGAGACCGACUCCCUCCGGAGGUGUUGGAGGGCAUUUAUUUGUAUGGCCCAGCACCACUGUUUCUUGGUCA